CUUAGGUGGGGAUAUAGCAACCGGAGCACGGGCGUUGAAAGAAGUUUUGGAGGACCGUCACCAAAACAACAGCGGCAGGAGCAGGAAGUGAGCCGAGGAGUCUCGGAUAUACUGCUUAAAAUAGCUGUAUAUUAACGGUGAAGUAUGUGUUUGAGUGUGGAGGGUGUUUAGAAGGUGCUGUUUGAGUGAUUUGGGAGAGGGAGAGGUGCAGGAUGGCUCUAGCCGAGCAGAACCAGCAGUGGUACCCGACCAGCGUCCAGGUGACGGUGCUUCAGGCGCGCGCGCUGAGGGUCAAAGGUAAAAACGGGACGAACGACGCGUACGCGAUUAUCCAGGUGGCCAAGGACAAGUUCUCCACGGCGGUGGUGGAGAAGUGCGUGGAGCCGGUAUGGAAGGAAGAAGCCACCUUCGACCUGCCGCUGUUCCACCGGGAGAACGCCGAGCGCUGCACCCUCUACAUCAUAGUGAUGCACCGCGCCCUGGUGGGACUCGACAAGCUGCUGGGACAAGCCGUCAUCAACCUACCGGACCUGCACGAGAACAAGUCCAGGAAAAAGACCGAUUGGUACAAGCUGCUGGAUAAGAACGGAAAGGCAGACAAGGAAAGAGGUGAGGUUCUCCUGGACAUCCAGUUCAUGCGGAACAACAUGACCGCCAGCAUGUUCGAUCUGUCCAUGCCAAACAAGCCUCGGUCCCGUAUCUCCAAGUUCAAAGACAAGGUUCGGGGCAAGAAGAAGGAUGGGGGCUCUGACUCUGCUUCUGCCAUCGUUCCUGCCACAGUUAAUGUUCUGACUGACAGUGAAGGGGAAGAAGAGGAAGGCACAGACUCUCCAAAAUUGAAGAAGUCCUCUAAAUUUAAGUCUCUUUUUGGAUCAAAGACGAAUCUCCAUAGAGGCGUGUCCCAGUCCAUGUCCACCCUGGGGACGCUGCCGGAGAAGAACAGCUCACUGAGCAGCAGCCGAUCUUCAGGCCUCAAUGAAGAAUCUGCUGAAGGCAAAAACAAGUUUAAGUUUCUGGGCCACAAGAGAAACAGUAGCACCGACAGCAAAAUAUCUCUGGGCCCUUUCGCCCUGCUCAGUCGCUCCAAACAGAGCACUCCCGAACAGAGCAACCUGUGCAUCAAUGGCAAUCACGUGUACGCUGAGGAUCAAGAGACCAAGCCGAAUUCUGGUUCUUCCCUCAGCCUAAGUGGCUCCGCAAAGGGUUCCAUCGAAGACCUGCGGAAAUACCACGAACGAAACGCGUCCACUGGCUCCACCGACUCCUUCAAGGGCUUCGGCAUUCCUAGUUAUAAGCCUGACUCGACAGAAAGGGAAUUCCAAGUCCAACAUCGCCCUCAAGAGGAUGAAGAGAAGAAGCACAAGAAGACCGAAGGACGUCUGCAAGAGCUUAUGGACGAGCAGGAGAGAAAGAGGCAGCAAGAGCAAGAGGCGAGAUCGAGAAAACUGGAGGAAGAGGAAAGGAGGAUGCAGCAGGAACGAGAGAGGAGGCGGCAGGAAGAGGAGGAGCAGCAAAGAAAGAAGCGAGAAGAAGAGGCAAGGAAAGCGGAGGAACUAAAACGCCAAGAGGAGUCCAGAGUAACCGAGAGGCUCACUUCUCUUUUUGGCCUUGGGCGGAAGAAAGACGAGCCAAGCUCUCCAGCUGUGGAGAGUCCUAAACAAGUAGACGUUCCAGCCUCUACAAACCCAUUUGAGGACAUUCCACUUGGUUCAGACAACUCCAAUCCCGUCACAGAAGAGAAACCAGCAGAGGUGCGAACUGCCUUUAGUCCAAUGCCGCCCUCCAGCAGCUUUCCAGCUCGUACAGCCAAGGUUUCUGCAGUCAAACCAAGAUUGACUCUCAGUCAGGAGACUGAAACUGAUCAUAUUGAUUCCCUUGCCUCCCCUGUCCCCCCAGACAUCCAGAACUCUGUUCCUGCUUCUACUUUUUCCCCUGAAGCAUCACAUCCUUCUCAUAAUCCUUUUGACUCUUUUGAUAUGUUUUCGAACCUCCACUCUUCUAUGGCACCUCCGAAACCCCAGAGAACCUUUUCAGACACAUCCAAAGGCAGCAUGGAGAACGUUUCAGGAGUUGCUAACACCUCUAGUGUGUCUGAGACAAAGUACAGAGCCCCACAGCCACCCAGCUCUCCUGGAGAUAUUUUCAAAAAUGAAAGCCAUGAUCCAAAAAACGGAGUACAAGUUAAUUCUUCAGCCUCAGAGAUAAGCCGCAGACUUCCUCUUCCAAACUAUCAAGCUCUUUUUCCCAAGAAGAGGCAUGGUGUAAUGACUGACACACGUUGGGAGAACAUCAUUGCUGAAGUGAACCAGAGAAAGAUGACUCCUCAGGAUGGUGGAAAAGAAAUGAGUGUAGAUGGUCCUGAUGAGCCCAUCUCAACUGAAUCUUCAAUUUUAAAGGAAAAGAGUACACCAAGUCUCAACCAGUAUCACAUGGAUUAUCAGGUGGGUUCCUCUAAUUCUGCAAAGGGAAUGGAGCCUAAGCAGGCUCUAAUUCCACCAAAACCAGCUCAUUUGGCAACAUCAAAACAGCAGGUUGAGGCCAAUUCUGAGCAAGGCCAUAUCCAAGAACGUUUAUAUUCUGUGCAUGGUGAAAAGACCAAAAUGGAGUUGGGAAGAAACCCAGGACCAUCAGUCCAAAGUCAGCAAGACUCUCGGAUGAAAGCAAAGGUAACGUUAAACUCCAUAUUUGGUCAUCUUUCAGAGCCAAAAAAGGAAAAACCAACACUAAAACCCAGGAGUAUAAAAAAAAAAACUUCACCAGCAGAUCACAGCUGUGAGGUUGAUGCAACAGGGUUUCCUCUAGCCAAAUCUAGGCAAGAAGCUCCAAGUAAAGGACCUGUCAGACAGGUUCAACCAGAGCAAAGUUUGCUCCCUUUUACAUCCUCAGCAGGUUCUUCAAUGGAAGGUAAAAAAGAAGGCUCCAUGACUGCUAAGAGUUUGUGGGAGAAUGAAAGAUUUGAAGAAGGAAAGCCUACCCCUGUUAAACAUACUGAUAAAACUGUUAACAUACCAAAAGAGGAACCAUUUGCAAAUGUCACAAGUGCUCUUGAGAAAAACACAAGUGAAGUUGAUCCAUUCCCAUGUGACGACCUAAUCUCUCAGGAUCCCUGGGCUUUACCACAGGAGAUGACGGAUCAAGCCGACCUUUUCACUGGUGGUACAAGGAAAGGAAAGAAGCCUGAAGAUCAGAAAUUAUCCUCAGAUGACUUCGAUAACGUAUUUGGAUCUGUGGCAUCUAAAGAGGAAAUUGAUCCAUUCUUUGUACCCAAAGAUGAAGCAAAUCUUUUCUUUGACUCCAUGGCCUCUAAAAAUGAACCUGAUUUGAAAAAAUUGGAUGGCUCAAGCGUUUCCUCGCAAAAGAAAAAACUAGCACCUCCACCCCCUGAGAAGCCCGUAAUGGGGAAAGCUCCUAUGGACAGACCGGUCCUUCAAGAGUUCGAUGAUGUUGAAUUAACCGUUACUUCUCUUGCUGGCCCAAUGGGUGGUGAAGCAACAAAAGCACAUUUGGACCCAUUUACCGGUAUGCCCUUGUCUUCAGCUAUUCCAGAACUCCUGUCUGAAAGUGUGCCUGGGAGCAAAAGCACAGUCUGUGCCUGGGUAUCACCCUCUGAGGUUCUGUCAGGCACUUCACAAAGCAGUGGAGGUAGUGGGCUAUUGACCUCUCGCAGACCACACCCAGUGAAACCCAUGAGUCCCUAUGAAAACCAGUCUCCUGGAAACAUUUCUAUGGGAAAAGAUGCAAAGAUUCCAACCAUCCGAGAAGUGGCUGAAAAAGCAAAGUCUGUAGAAUCUGGCCCGUUCACCCAGCUUACUCAGGAAGAGUUGAUCUCUCUGGUGGUGAAGCAGCAAACUGAGCUCUCCAAGAAAGAUGAGAAGAUUCUUGAGCUGGAAGACUACAUUGAUAAUCUGCUCGUGCGUGUCAUUGAUGAAAAACCAAGCAUCCUCUUGUCCCUGAACGGCAAGGUUUAGGGGAACAUGUCCUUCACCAUGACCCUGAGGUGGAGGAUAACUGAACCAAGAUCUAGCCCAUAAUGUUUUGAUGUGAGGAGCUUCCUAGAAACCAAACCUUCCAAAAUAAUUAUUUUUGUUAUAGAGAUAGACUCUAUGGUUUUGACAUCCAGGCUUUUGGGCUUGAUUUGGUUGAGCUUCAGGCAGGUGAAAGAAAAUGAACAAUGAGUGAUGAAGACGUUUGUUGCUGUGGACUAAUCUGUUAAGUCUCAAAGAACCCAAGGAAGGUCUUUUUUUUUUUUUUUUUUUUUUUUUUUCCCCCCACUAUUUGUAAAAUGGUGACAUGAAGGAUUAACAAUUUUAUGCUGGAAUUAUUCCUUAAUGUGUUUUAUGUUCUGCAAAGCGUGUCUUCAGUAAUGGACAGAUGAAAGAUUUGUGUGGAUUCACGUAGCAUUGUGUUUUAUUACUGGAUGAUGGAUCUUUUUACUGACCCUAAACUACAUUUGACUGGGGUCUGGGUUGUUUUAAUAUCACGGUGGUUUAAAAAAAAAAAAAAAGUCCUUUUGCCCAGACAAUUGGUGCUUUUUUUUUUUUUUUUUUCCCUUUCUUUCUUCCUUUCCCCCCCUUUUUUUUCUUUUCCCCAUUCAGUGCAAUGUUAAUAUGAUGACGUGAGUAGGUUAUUUGUAUUUGUUGUGUUUAACACUGGAUCUUCCUGUAGUAUCUGAGCUUUGCCUGACCCCAGCUCCUUCCUGCUGGCUGAAGAUGAGAAUUGGCUCAGUAACCUUAGACCUCACCAAAAUGUACAUGCUGGAAUGUCCACAGUUGUUACUUUAAGAUAUUAUGGCAUGAAUUAUUUAUUGUCUUGGCUGCUGUAUUAAAUCUUGAUGCUCAUUUAAGAAAAGAGAUUUUUAAUAA